GCAACCAGAAGCAAAGGGGAACGCUGUCUGUCGUCUUCGCUAGCUUCGACAGACGAGAGAGGUUCUAAAAUGGUUAAGAGUUGUUGUGUGGUCGGCUGCACCAACAACAAAAGCAAAAAUCCUACUCUGUCAUUUUAUAUGAUACCGAGUGAGUGCACGGAACCAGAAAGGCGCCAACUGUGGCUGCAAGCCAUAAACCGAAAGGCAACAUCGAAAUCAGAAAAUCGUCUGACCCCUCUCCACAACAACUUAUGGCACCCAAGAUCUGAUUACACAUAUGUGUGCUCAGCUCAUUUUAUUUCAGGAGCCAAGAAUAAUGACACCACUCACCCGGAUUAUGUACCAUCUAUCUUCCCUCACAAAACAACACCCAGCUCAUCUGGACGUAAGUUAGCCAGAGACGACAGGCUACAACGAAAGUGCAAAAGACUGUUGCCUGCACCUGUCGAGCAGCUGGUGGUGAUGAAGGAUGAGCUGGACCAGUCGGACCCAGAGCUCACCGACAUGAAGGAGGAAGAGGAGGGCGUCACUGCGUUCUCCACUGUGUGCGUGAAAUGUGAAGAAGAUGAAGAGGAGCCUCAGUCAUUACAGCGUCACCAGUCAGCUGCAGCCUCCCUCAGCUCCGACUCAUGGACACCGGCUGCAGGUAUCCAGAAGCUGGUGGUGGUUAAAGAGGAAGAUCUCCAGGACUGGAGCUCCAGUCUGGACCAGCAGGACCCGAAGCUCCUUCACAUGAAGGAGGAACUGGCGGAGCAAGAUGAAAGUCAGCAGGCAGGGCAGCUCAGCGAGUCAGAGGAAGACAUCACCUGGUUUUCAGUCGUUACUGUGAAGAGUGAAGAUGAGGAGGAGGAGCUUCAUCCCAUCCAGACUGAAACUGUAAAAGAGGAAGAGCCCUCAAGCAGCAGCUCUUUCACACAGAUGAAAUCAGAAAGCGAUGGAGAGCACUAUGGAGGAUCAGAUCUGGUCAGCGGUCACAUUCAACCAAACACUGACGAGGAGGAUUCGGACUUCUCUGAGACUGACGUCAGCGAUGAGGACGAUGACUCCGACAGCGGUCCCGACGACGACGAUGCUGAUGCAGAGGCACACACCCGUUGGUUGAGGGCGAUUAAAGAAGAUGAAGGGCCCCUUUUUAAAAUCCUGCGUGGGAGCGCUUUUGCCUGCAGUCAGCACUUCACACCAGGGAAUAAGCAUGUUUCUACCUGUGGAGGAAACAAGACGAAGAAAGGCUCAGUGCCAUCCGGACUCAAGUGGAAUGAAUGGAGAAGAGACGGCAGCACAGAGGAUACAUCCUGUGCAGGUCCAGCACUAAAAGAUCACAACUACACCUGCCAUCUGUCUUCUGAAGAUGCAUCCCAGGCAGGUGCAGUGCUGCAAGAUCACGACUACAUCUACCAUCUGUCUUCUGGCAGCAGCACAGAGGGUGCAUCCCAUGCAGAUGCAGCACCUGAAGACCACGCUUACACCCUCCACCCCUCUGCCGUGUUGCCUGCUCAUGUCCAGCAGGUGGUGAUGAAAGAAGAGAAUCCCCAUGAGGAAUGGAGCUUCGGUGUGGAGCAGCGGCACCCAAAUGUCCUCCACAUAAAAGAGGAACAGGAGGACCCAGAAGAUGCCACAGCUUUCUCCAUUGUGUAUGUAAAAACCGAAGAUGAUGAAGAAGAAUCUGAGUUGUCGCAGCUUCAUCAGUCAGAAUCAUUAUCGCCAUUCACAGCUGACUCCUUGACACCAGCCGCAGGUAUCCAGAAACGGGUGGAGAUUAAAAGAGAAGAUCCCCAUGACUGGAGCGCCAGUAUCGACCAGGAGGAACCAGAGCGCCUUCACAUCAAGGAGGAACCAAAGGAAAGUCAGGAGGCAGAGCAGCCCAGUGACUCGGAGGAUGAUAGCUCGUGGUUCCCCAAUGUUGUUGUAAAGAGUGAAGAUGAAGAAGAAGACACUGAGUCGUCCAUAAAGGUUGAAGAGCCUCUAACCAGCUGUUCCUUCAAACUGAUUAAAACAGAAAGUGAUGGAGAGCAGUGUGAAGGAGCAGACUCUGCCAGGAGUCAUUUUCAGAUUACCACCGAUGGAGAGGAAUCAGACUGCUCUGAGACUGAAGUCAGCGGUGAGGACGACGAGGACGGCGGCCCGGGGUUUUCUCACGCCGUAGCUGUAACUGAAGAUAGUAGCAGAGGUUGGAAAGAGAGCAGGUCAUGUGAGUCAGAUGUUGGAAACUAUUUCAGCUCUUCUGUGUCUCUUCAGAAUCACCUUUCCAACCAUUAUGUUCAGAGCAAAACAGCCGCCCCCACAGGAGAGAAACCUUCAGUUUGCCGUAUUUGUGGCAAGAGGUUUGCGGAAAAGUUGGACCUGAAGAUGCACAUGAACGUGCAUAAGGUAGAUAAAACAUUUGUGUGUGGCGAUUGUGGAAAAACGUUCAGGCAAAGCUCACAUCUGAAGGUACACAUGAGAAUUCAUACGGGAGAGAAACCAUUCAGUUGUAGCUUUUGUGGUCGAGGGUUCACGGAUAAUUCAAACCUUACCUCGCACAUGAGAGUCCACACAGGUGAAAAGCCUUUCAGCUGCGACGUGUGCGGGAAAAAGUUUAAGCUGAAGUCAUUACUGAAAGGACACAUGAGUGUCCACACGGGAGAAAAACAAUUUAGCUGCAGCAAUUGUGGGAAGGAAUUUCCGGUCAAAACAUAUCUGGACUCGCACAUGAAAAUCCACACAGGGGAGCGACCCUUCGACUGCCAGAAGUGUGGGAAAAAAUUCAAACAAAAGUCACAUCUGGAAAAACACAUGAAUGUUCACACCACAGAAAAGCCGUUUUGUUGUGGCGAUUGUGGAAAAAGGUUUAAACAAAAGUCUUACUUGAAAACGCACAUGAGCGUCCACACAGCGGAGAAUCCGUUCGGCUGCGAUGUUUGUGGAAAAACAUUCAAAUAUAAGUCGGAAUUGGAACGACACAUACAAAUCCACACGGGAGAAAAACCAUUCAGCUGUGAUAAUUGUGGUAAAAGAUUUACAAGAAACUCACUAUUGAAACGACACAUGGAAGUCCACACAAGAGAUAAAACGUUUGGCUGUGAGGACUGUGGAAAAAGGUUCAUAAAGAACUCCCAUCUGAAGCGGCACAUGAGUGUCCACGUGGCAGAGAAAGCAUUUGGCUGUGAGAUUUUAAGUAACGAUCUGAACUAGUUUGAGUUUAUAUAUGAGAGAAUAACCUAACUGUGUGACUACAAGCAUGAAAAAUCUUUCAAUUCUUUUUGAAGAAAAACUUUUCUGUAAAAUAUUUGGUGGGAAAAUUCAAAGAAAAUGGAAAACACAUGGAGACACUUUUACUCAGAGUCAAACCUCCCUAACGUCGGUGUUUUGCUGUGCUGACACUUUUAUGGUCAAUUCGAUUUCACAUUUUUUUCUUCAUUCAAAGCUCCCCAUGUUGUAAUGCUGUGAUCUUACAAUAAGGAGAAAACCUUUAGUUGAAAUGAUGUAAAUGAUGUAUUUCUCAACUAAACACUAAACUGCUGUUUUUAUUUUGAUGUGAAGACCAGUCUGAAUUUACAUGUUGCUAUCCAUAAAAGAGACAUUUAGCUUUUUCAUUAUACAUGGUGAAAAGAUUGUAGAGCGGCAGUCUCUCUCUGUCUGGCUCCCUGUUAGACUUAACAGUUACUGAUAUUCAACUCGCUGGAGAAAAGUCUUUAACAUACUGUCUGACAGUAUGGCAGAUGGUGGCGCACAAAGACUUGAAACAAUCAUACUGGAAAAAAACUACAACAAUUCUAACACCAGAGAAACUUCUCCUCUUGGCUCAGAUACUGACCUUGUUGUAUAUAAGCUCACGUGUUCUGCAGUGUGUGAUUGAACCUGUAUUUGUUGUUUACGUAAGUGACUGUACCUGUGUUUGUUUGCUGCCGUCUUGGUCAGGUGACUCUCAGGAAAGUGGUUUCAGUCUGAAUGAGUAGUUUCACUCCUAGAUGAUGAGAGCCGCUUCUCAUCUGCUCACUAAAAACAGCUCAUUCUUUUUUCAAGUUGUGAAGGAUCUAGAGCUUUUUUUUUUGUUAUCUGGCAUCAUAUCAUCAAUGUGGAACCAAGUUCUCCAUCAAAGGUUAAUUUAUCUUUCUGCUCAUCUGUUUGUGAAACUCUUGAGUCACUUUUUCUUUUUUGAAAUAAAAGUUUCAGGACUGUACUCAGCCUGAUUGAACCACUUCCACCAACCUAUUGAUGUGCAAUUUAUCAAUAACCAAAACCUCGUUUUAACAAGACACUUUAUUUUUAUUUAAAAAAAACAAGGAUUUUUUUUCACAUUGCAGAUGUAAAAAAAAUUAACACGGGAACAUGUCUUAUGACAUGAAAUACAAUACAACAUAAAGCUACAUGCAAAAAUAUAUUUAUAUGGAAGUUUUGCGUUAUGUCUUUGGAAAUGGACAAAUACUUUAUGUGAUACGUUUUCUUCAUAUGUUUAAGACUUGAGCUCAGACACAGAAACCCAGUUUAGUGUGCCGAAAAGAUCUAAUCUCUUAUUGGCUGGCCAACACUUAAAAAUAAAUUAUUGACGGACACAAGCACAUUGUAUAGUUGACCAAUAACUGGCUGCUUUAACUUAAAACUUAAAGAACUCAGCUGUUCUUCCCAAAGCAGGAGCUGGACACGGUCAUACGCUUCAAUAAAUGCUCUAGUUGCUGUUUCAUUCUUUCCUUCAUGAGCGACUCAGCCUCAAAGCGCGGACAGCUCAGCUACACUCCAGUGAAACAGCUUUUAAUAAAUAAACCAGAGAUGAAGGAAUACUGAAGUAAUUAGUUACUUUUUAACUGACUCUGUUCAGCUGACCGGUUCACCCACAGGAGUCGCUACAAGAUAAUGUUGCAUGAACUUAAAGGGGCUUCGCUUAACAUGCUGAUUCCCACAUUCUGCAAAAACACAAACGUGUGUGCAUUAGCGUGUAAUUUAAAACUCACCAUUUCUCCUAUAAUGCAGUGAUUGAUAGAAACCGAAUGGAUCUCUGUGUGUUUGUUGCGGUUGUCUCUGUGACGCCAGAAGAAGUCGAAUUAGGGUGUAAAGAGUCUUAAAGGAUAAACGCAGUCAGUGAGACUAAACACUCAGUAAAAUCUCAUGAGGUCCGUAUGAGCCGACUGGAGCGUCACAGCGAAUCACCGAGCAGAACUGACUGCUCAGCUUAUCUUGAAAAUAGUAAUUUCAUUGUUUUACUUUGUACAGGUGGUUCUAAUUGAGAUUUCUUGGGUUUUCAACUUAUUUUUGUCCACCUUGCCUUUGCUGUGGAAGAUUCAGUCUUGUUUGUCUUAAAUGUGUUUGACCUUCAUACAUUUCAAUAAAUGGCAAUGAUCAAUC